GCCGAAUGCGGCGGUAAGAUCGCAGUAAGUGAAGAAUGGCAGUCUAUUGAAUCGCCGGGAUUCCCCGAUCCAGGCUAUGAUCCCGAUCAAAAAUGCAACUGGGUUUUCGAGGCACCAGCUGGUAAGCGAAUCGAAUUUGAAUUUAUUGACGAGUUCUCAUUUCUGUGCACAUCGACGUGUGUGGACUAUGUCGAAAUGAAAAUUACCACAGAUUUUCGCCCAACUGGAUUCAGAUGGUGUUGCUAUGACAUACCCAAGGGUUCGUACGUCUCCGAAACCAACUUGGCGGUGGUAAUCUUCCGAUCGCAGCUCAGCAACGAUGUCGGUUUCAAGCUUCAAGCCCGAACCACUAAACCAACGACCGUAUCCGGAACGGAUAUGUGGGCCGAAUGGGGACCAUGGUCGCAGUGCUCACGCAGUUGUGGAGGAUGUGGCAUUCAGUCCAGAGUACGGAACUGUCGCACAAAGGAGUGCAAAGGACGACGACAGGAGUUCAGCACGUGCAAUUUGAUGGCAUGUCCUAUCGAUAAGCAUUGCGCUAAGCUACUCAUGAACGACAAAAUCUGCGACGGAAGAGUUUGUACUAAAGCAUCACAAGCGUUGGCGGCAUGUCUGCAACCUCAGUGCUGCCCACCCUUCAUCAAUGUGGAUGGCAAAUGCCAAAGUGACUCACCACUUGUCAAUGAUUUCGGUGGUGCCAAGAAAUAA